AUGGCUGCAUCCCUGGACCCUCAGAUCGACGCGCCCCUGGAGGUUGAGGGAUGCCUAAUAAUGAAGGUGGAAAAGGAGCCCGAGUGGGCAUCGCAGCCCAUUCUGGAAGGAUCGGACAGCUCUGAGUCCGAGACUUUUCGCAAGUGCUUCAGGCAAUUCUGUUAUGAGGAUGUGACCGGACCCCAUGAAGCUUUCAGUAAACUCUGGGAACUUUGCUGCCGGUGGCUGAAGCCAGAAAUGCGUUCCAAGGAACAGAUCCUGGAGCUGCUGGUGAUUGAGCAGUUUCUCACCAUUUUACCCGAGAAGAUUCAGGCGUGGGCACAGAAGCAGUGUCCGGAAAGUGGAGAGGAGGCGGUGGCCCUGGUAAUACAUUUGGAGAAAGAGACUGGAAGACUAAGACAGCAGGUUAGCAGUCCUGUGUACUCAGAGAAGCAAGCCCCACUUGGAGCAGCAUGGGAGGUGGCAGACUUUCAGCCACAGCAGGUGGAGACCCAACCCAGAGUGAUGUCUCUGGAGGGAGCUGAAAGCCUCCACUCAGGACACCAGGAGCAGCUGAACCAAAAGAGAGAGCUUCGGCCCUUACCCAAGAAUGCUCGGCCUUCUCCCUGGGUUCCUGCUCCUGCUGAUGAAUGGAACACCAUAGAUCAGGAAGCAACAGCCACACGAGUUCCUGUUGGGUCCCAGGGACCACUGAAAGAUGUCCACAUGGCAAGAGGUUUUUCCUACAAAAAGAGUGUGCGUCAGAUUCCUGCUCACAGAGACCUCUACCGGGAUAUUAGAAAGGAGAGUAUUGGGAACAUGGUCUCCCUGGGAAACACAGCGUCUACAGCUAACAAGAUGGCACAGUUGGCGCAAAGAAAGGAGCCAUGGACAAUAGGUCUACAAUCCCCUAAUAAGAGGAAUGUCCUACAAAGCAACUAUAUCAAGGAAAAAUCAGUUCAUGCUAUUCAGACCCCUGCAAGGAAUGCAGGGAAAACACGGAGAGAGCAGCAGCAGUGGGGUUUGGAAGAUGAAAAAAUAGCAGGCGUGCAUUGGAGUUACGAGGAAACUAAGACUUUUCUUACAAUUCUCAAAGAGUCUCGCUUUUAUGAAACACUUCAGGCCUGUCCCCGAAACAGCCAAGUAUAUGGUGCUGUAGCUGAAUGGUUGCGAGAAUGUGGCUUCCUCCGAACACCAGAGCAGUGUCGGACCAAGUUCAAAAGUCUACAGAAGAGUUAUCGAAAAGUGAGAAAUGGCCAUGUGCUGGAACCCUGUGCCUUCUUUGAGGACAUGGAUGUUUUGUUGAACCCUGCAGCUCAUACUUCAUCCACGGAUAAGCCAAAGGAGAUUCUGUCUCUCCCCAGACUAAAGAGAAUUGGUAUCAAUGCUAAAGAACAGAUCAAUUUGGUGGAGGAGGAAGAAGCCGCAGAAGAAUCUGAUGGUGAUGAAAUGGGUGUUGAGUUUAUCCAGAAGUCUGAGCUUCGUGGUGCUCCUGUCUUAUUUCAAAACCUGAGUGGUGUGCACUGGGGCUACGAGGAAACCAAGACUUUCCUUGACAUCCUCCGUGAGACUCGGUUUUAUGAAGCACUGCAAGCCUGUCAUCGGAAGAGCAAGUUGUACGGGGCCGUGGCUGAACAGCUGCAAGAGUGUGGCUUCCUCCGGACACCGGAACAGUGCCGGACCAAGUUCAAAAGCCUUCAGAAGAGUUACCGCAAAGUGAAAAAUGGUCACGUGCUAGAGUCCUGUGCAUUCUACAAGGAGAUGGAUGCCCUGAUUAACUCUCGGGCAUCUGCCCCUCCCACUAGCACCCCAGAAGAAGCCCCGUCACCCUCAAUUCAAGAAAGGGAGGACAUUGAGAUUGAACCCCAGGAACCUACGGGCUGGGAACCUGAGGAGGACUCACAGGAGGCAAUAGUUGAAGAUUCCAGCAGUGGGAGACUGAGUGAGGAGGAAAUUGUGCCAGAGCCAGAAUUCCAGGGACCUCCAGGUUUGCUGCAAAGCCCGAGUGAUUUUGAAAUUGGAAGUAGUAUCAAGGAGGAUGCAACACAGGUAAUAUAUAAGGACAUGGAGCAGCAUAGGGCACUAAUAGAAAAGUCUAAAAGGGUUGUUUCUCAGAAUGCUGACCCAGGUAAAUAUUGUAAAAGGGAAUGCAUCUCAGGAAGACAAUGGGACAACCUUCAAGGAGUCAGACAGGGAAAACUGAUGUCUCAGCCUAGAGAUUUAGGGAAAGCUGUUGUGCAUCAGAGGCCCUUCAUGGGGAAAAGGCCCUACCGACUUCUCAAAUACGGAGAAAGCUUUGGAAGGAGUGCUCGCCUCAUGUGCCGGAUGACCCACCAGAAGGAAAAUCCUUAUAAGUGUAGUGUCUGUGGGAAGUGCUUUGGUAGAAGCAGGAGUCUAAUUAGACACCAAAGAAUCCACACAGGAGAAAAACCUUUUAAAUGUCUUGACUGCGGGAAAAGCUUUAACGACUCCUCAAACUUCGGUGCCCACCAGAGAAUCCACACAGGAGAGAAGCCCUACAGAUGUGAAGAGUGUGGAAAAUGCUUCAGUCAGAGCUCGAGUCUCAUAAUACAUCAGAGAACCCACACUGGAGAGAAGCCCUACCAGUGUGGAGAGUGUGGGAAAAGCUUUACCAACAGUUCUCAUUUCAGUGCCCACAGGAGAGUCCACACUGGUGAGAAUCCCUACAAAUGUGUGGAUUGUGAGAAGAGUUUCAAUAACUGUACGAGAUUUCGAGAACAUCGGCGAGUACACACUGGAGAGAAGCCCUAUGGGUGCGUGCAGUGUGGCAAACGUUUCAGUAAGAGUUCUGUUCUCACUAAACAUCGGGAGGUUCAUGUGAGAGAAAAGCUUCUGCCAUACCCUCCAGCGCUCUAUGCCCCAGAGAACCCACACAAGGGAAAGACUGAUGAAUUCAGGCAAACUGUUUGAUGAUGAUCUCUUCUCUUCCUAAAUGUCCCC